CAUUCGCCGUUCGAAUCGUCAGCAGAAGCGAAACCGAGUGCCGGCGCUCCUCAAGUGCGCUCGCUCCCCUUUCUCUUCCCUUCAGCGCUUCCUUACCAAGUGCUAAGUGAGUUUCCCUUUUUCCUGCUCUAAGUCCACGCACACGACCGAGCGGAGCAGGCACCUGGUAGGUGACGGAUAGGCUUCUCACUGUCUAUCAUUCAGGAAAAUAAAAUUUAAAAAAAAAAAAAAAAAGAAACAAAAAUAAUUUUAAAAAUCUGAAAAUUAUUGUCCGGUCGUGUGAAUCCGAGUGAAAACACUGGCGUGCACUUGUGGUAACAUGGCCUCUGGAGGCAUCGUGACCAGCAUUAAGGACUCCCGGUGGCUACAGCUGGAAGUGUGCCGCGAGUACCAGCGGAACAAGUGCGUCAGGCCGGACACCGAAUGCAAGUUUGCCCACCCCCCAGCUCCAGUUGAAGUUCAGAACGGGAGGGUCAUCGCUUGCUAUGAUUCCAUAAAGGGUCGUUGCAAUCGAGAUAAACCUCCUUGCAAGUACUUCCAUCCUCCUCAACAUUUAAAGGACCAACUGCUGAUUACUGGCCGUAACCACUUGGCUCUAAAAAAUGCUAUCUUUCAGCAAGUGCCAUUGGCUCCCUUCAUGUCUGCACAGCCCCAAACCUUUUCUCCGGCUGUUCUGAGUAUUAUGAAUGAACACGCGUUUCAACAGUCAAAUCCGCAGUUAAUCCCGGCCGUCCCAGCCACAACCUACAAUCCGUACUUGUCAGCGAAUCCCAUGAUAGCUUCUGGAUUAGUUCCUGCUGAAGCUUUGGCUACACCUCCGCAACUAACACCUGUCAUGCCCACGCCUAUGAUGACCCCGAAGACUUUACGAACUGACAGAUUGGAGGUAUGCCGAGAGUUCCAGCGUGGUCAUUGCAAGCGACCAGAGAGUGAAUGUCGCUUUGCUCAUCCCGUUAAGCCUGUCGAUAGUUCUGAAGGCAUGGUGACUGUAUGUAUGGAUUUCGUCAAAGGACGUUGUUCCAGAGAAUGUUGCAAAUACUAUCACCCAACUCCUCAGCUUCAAGUGCAGCUCAAGGCCCAACAAGCCGCUUCCAUGGCUUACAACUGUGUCCCUUACAGUAAACGGGCAGCUGUGGAGAAAUGUGGAAUACCUGUUUACCAACCAGAUGCAAUGUACCCACAGCCUCUAACAAUGCAAGUCCAGCAGCCGCCACUGAUGCCAGCGUCUUGUGAGUGGUCUUUUACAUGCCUGCCAUCAGCAGUCCCUGGUCAAGUAACUAUGCCAAGAUAUUAGACACUGGGCAUUAUGUAAAGCAGAAUCAAAAUGGGACUCAUAUGUAAAGUAAUGUAACGAAGACUAUAUUGUCAAGAUUGUGAGCACUUCGAACUCCAGGGCCUUCUGAAGUGAGACCAUUUCUUCUAUAAGAAGACUGUGCUUCUCACCUUCAGACAGUCUGUGAUAUGGAGGCAGCGUGUGAAGGUGACACACAAUCCCUCUGUCUGAUGGGCGUCUAGUCAUGAUGGAACUGGAGAACGCCUUCAGGUUUGAAACUUCGGGCUAAUAUCUUUUUUGGAUGAACUGGAAAAACAUUGCGGCCUCUACGAAGUUACAGUGCGUUUCAUGUCAUGCAUAAAUUUCAGCUGGAACACUCAUAAAAGAGACAUUUCUUCAGGACCAAGUUACUGAAAGACAAUUCUGAUCCCUUACUGAAAUAGACGGAAUGUACUUCAAGAUGUGAUACACCUCUGAGAAUUUCGCUUAAUUUUUUGUUAGAAACAUUUAAAAAAUGCUAUAGCUAGUAAAAGAGAAGAAUUUUUCAUCAAAAAAACUUCUGACUGAACAAAAUAUAAAUUGCAAAAUGUAAUAAAUUUGUAUGAAUAUGUACGAUAUGGUACUUAAUGAUAAAUGUAUUAUAUAAUUGCAACACAAUCAAAUCAGUUUUGAUUGUGUUACAAUAAAAUCUGAACGAUUUAGUUCAAAAUAAAAAUGAAGAAAUCCUAAUGAAAACAUUGCCUUUCAACCGUAUGUAACUAUCUAUUUGAGCAUAUUUUUUAUGCAUUAAGUACUUAAUACAUUUUUCGACAUAAUUUUAAAUUUCUCAAGAAGGUGCAGUGAUUGAAAAAAAAUAUGCUUAUGUCCAGGCGAACAUUUUAGCUAUAAAUCAAAUAUUUAUCAUAUAAAGAUGUAUCCAUUAUUUCGAAAGCGCGUAUUCAAGUAAUUAAAUAAUGAAAUUAAAUGCUGGAAAAAAAGGAAUAGUUAAUA